CAGACCUGCUCGACUACUCAUAAUUUUGUAUCACUCCGAAGAACGUCAGUUGUCAGAGAGGAUGAAAAUGUUAUCAUCCAACAAAAAUAUCGGCAGCAUACUGUCCCUGACCAUUGUCCAUCUCUGUGGUGUACUUGCUAUGCAGGUAGUCCCGACUGAGAAUGAGUUCAAACUCGCUGUCCUCGGAAGUGAUAAAUGUCUCACGUUCCCCGGCGGUGUAGGGAGAUCCGUUUACCUGUCUGACUGUGCUGACAAAAAUACUCGAUCCAACCAAGAAUGGGUUGUCAACAGGGAGACACUCACCCUCCGCGCGUAUGGAACUCUGUUAUGCCUCGAGUCCUUUAACAAUGGGGGUGACGCCUACUUAGCUGAGUGUCAUCCGACGGAACAGAAGCAAAAAUGGAGAUACGCGUGCAGCGGAAAUAAUGGAGAGGUUUGUCACGUUGUUAACACGGCGACGAACCUAUGUCUUGUGCAAACCCGGUAUGAAAAUAGUAAAGCGGUCAUUGUUUCGGACUGCGAUGCCAAUGAUGUUUGGUCUGUUAAGAAAUUCAUUCCUAUGUACUAAACUCGUGAGAAAUGGGGGAAAUAAAUAAAUUUAUGGAUUUGUUAUAAACCGAAAUUGGGUAUAAAGUUA